UAUGUGACCAAUAACAUCUGCUAACCAUGUGUAUGUGACCAAUAACAUCUGCUAACCAUGUGUGUGACCAGUAAACUGUGAUGUGAGAUCAGACAUAAUAUCACUAUCAUCCCAGUUUUCCUGUUUGGAAAGAUGCUUUUAUUUCAGCGCAUCUAAUUUGUAAACAUUUAAACUUUAUUAAAACAUACCUUUUUUUCAAUUGCACAAACAUCAACACCCACAAAAAUAAUGUUAUCUUUCUUCUCUUUCUUGUGAUAUAACUGCCGAGACGAUGCGUUAAAUCCCAGACGAAACGUUUGUGUUUUUAUAGAGGCAACAGAAUGCCUAUGUAUUCCAUUGAGCCCAUUUCAGCCAUUACCAGAGCUUGUUUGGCAGGUCAUUACAAAGGUUUCCCCGGUCAUUACAUUAACGGGAACACACUAACAGGUCAUUACAAAGGUUUCCCCAGUCAUUACAUUAACGGGAACACACUAACAGGUCAUUACAAAGGUUUCCCCAGUCAUUACAUUAACGGGAACACACUAACAGGUCAUUACAAAGGUUUCCCCAGUCAUUACAUUAACGGGAACACACUAACAGGUCAUUACAAAGGUUUCCCCAGUCAUUACAUUAACGGGAACACACUAACAGGUCAUUACAAAGGUUUCCCCAGUCAUUACAUUAACGGGAACACACUAACAGGUCAUUACAAAGGUUUCCCCAGUCAUUACAUUAACGGGAACACACUAACAGGUCAUUACAAAGGUUUCCCCAGUCAUUACAUUAACGGGAACACACUAAUAUGUCAUUACAUUAACGGGAACACACUAACAGGUCGUUACAUUAACGGGAACACACUAACAGGUCAUUACAUUAACGGGAACACACUAACAGGUCAUUACAAAGGUUUCCCCAGUCAUUACAUUAACGGGAACACACUAACAGGUCAUUACAAAGGUUUCCCCAGUCAUUACAUUAACGGGAACACACUAACAGGUCAUUACAAAGGUUUCCCCAGUCAUUACAUUAACGGGAACACACUAACAGGUCAUUACAAAGGUUUCCCCAGUCAUUACAUUAACGGGAACACACUAAUAUGUCAUUACAUUAACGGGAACACACUAACAGGUCGUUACAUUAACGGGAACACACUAACAGGUCAUUACAUUAACGGGAACACACUAACAGGUCAUUACAAAGGUUUCCCCAGUCAUUACAUUAACAGGAACACACUAACAGGUCAUUACAUUAACAGGAACACACUAACAGGUCAUUACAAAGGUUUCCCCAGUCAUUACAUUAACGGGAACACACUAACAGGUCAUUACAAAGGUUUCCCCAGUCAUUACAUUAACGGGAACACACUAACAGGUCAUUACAAAGGUUUCCCCAGUCAUUACAUUAACGGGAACACACUAACAGGUCAUUACAAAGGUUUCCCCAGUCAUUACAUUAACGGGAACACACUAACAGGUCAUUACAAAGGUUUCCCCAGUCAUUACAUUAACAGGAACACACUAACAGGUCAUUACAAAGGUUUCCCCAGUCAUUACAUUAACGGGAACACACUAACAGGUCAUUACAUUAACAGGAACACACUAACAGGUCAUUACAAAGGUUUCCCCAGUCAUUACAUUAACAGGAACACACUAACAGGUCAUUACAAAGGUUUCCCCAGUCAUUACAUUAACGGGAACACACUAACAGGUCAUUACAAAGGUUUCCCCAGUCAUUACAUUAACGGGAACACACUAACAGGUCAUUACAAAGGUUUCCCCAGUCAUUACAUUAACGGGAACACACUAACAGGUCAUUACAAAGGUUUCCCCAGUCAUUACAUUAACGGGAACACACUAACAGGUCAUUACAAAGGUUUCCCCAGUCAUUACAUUAACAGGAACACACUAACAGGUCAUUACAAAGGUUUCCCCAGUCAUUACAUUAACGGGAACACACUAACAGGUCAUUACAAAGGUUUCCCCAGUCAUUACAUUAACGGGAACACACUAACAGGUCAUUACAAAGGUUUCCCCAGUCAUUACAUUAACAGGAACACACUAACGGGUCAUUACAAAGGUUUCCCCAGUCAUUACAUUAACGGGAACACACUAACAGGUCAUUACAAAGGUUUCCCCAGUCAUUACAUUAACAGGAACACACUAACAGGUCAUUACAAAGGUUUCCCCAGUCAUUACAUUAACGGGAACACACUAACAGGUCAUUACAAAGGUUUCCCCAGUCAUUACAUUAACGGGAACACACUAAUAUGUCAUUACAUUAACGGGAACACACUAACAGGUCGUUACAUUAACGGGAACACACUAACAGGUCAUUACAUUAACGGGAACACACUAACAGGUCAUUACAAAGGUUUCCCCAGUCAUUACAUUAACAGGAACACACUAACAGGUCAUUACAUUAACAGGAACACACUAACAGGUCAUUACAAAGGUUUCCCCAGUCAUUACAUUAACGGGAACACACUAACAGGUCAUUACAAAGGUUUCCCCAGUCAUUACAUUAACGGGAACACACUAACAGGUCAUUACAAAGGUUUCCCCAGUCAUUACAUUAACGGGAACACACUAACAGGUCAUUACAAAGGUUUCCCCAGUCAUUACAUUAACGGGAACACACUAACAGGUCAUUACAAAGGUUUCCCCAGUCAUUACAUUAACGGGAACACACUAACAGGUCAUUACAAAGGUUUCCCCAGUCAUUACAUUAACGGGAACACACUAACAGGUCAUUACAUUAACGGGAACACACUAACAGGUCAUUACAAAGGUUUCCCCAGUCAUUACAUUAACGGGAACACACUAACAGGUCAUUACAAAGGUUUCCCCAGUCAUUACAUUAACGGGAACACACUAACAGGUCAUUACAAAGGUUUCCCCAGUCAUUACAUUAACGGGAACACACUAACAGGUCAUUACAUUAACGGGAACACACUAACAGGUCAUUACAUUAACGGGAACACACUAACAGGUCAUUACAUUAACGGGAACACACUAACAGGUCAUUACAUUAACGGGAACACACUAACAGGUCAUUACAUUAACGGGAACACACUAACAGGUCAUUACAAAGGUUUCCCCAGUCAUUACAUUAACGGGAACACACUAACAGGUCAUUACAAAGGUUUCCCCAGUCAUUACAUUAACGGGAACACACUAACAGGUCAUUACAUUAACGGGAACACACUAACAGGUCAUUACAUUAACGGGAACACACUAACAGGUCAUUACAUUAACGGGAACACACUAACAGGUCAUUACAUUAACGGGAACACACUAACAGGUCAUUACAUUAACGGGAACACACUAACAGGUCAUUACAUUAACGGGAACACACUAACAGGUCAUUACAAAGGUUUCCCCAGUCAUUACAUUAACGGGAACACACUAACAGGUCAUUACAAAGGUUUCCCCAGUCAUUACAUUAACGGGAACACACUAACAGGUCAUUACAUUAACGGGAACACACUAACAGGUCAUUACAUUAACGGGAACACACUAACAGGUCAUUACAUUAACGGGAACACACUAACAGGUCAUUACAAAGGUUUCCCCAGUCAUUACAUUAACGGGAACACACUAACAGGUCAUUACAUUAACGGGAACACACUAACAGGUCAUUACAUUAACAGGAACACACUAACAGGUCAUUACAUUAACGGGAACACACUAACAGGUCAUUACAUUAACGGGAACACACUAACAGGUCAUUACAUUAACGGGAACACACUAACAGGUCAUUACAUUAAUGGGAACACACUAACAGGUCAUUACAAAGGUUUCCCCAGUCAUUACAUUAACGGGAACACACUAACAGAUCAUUACAUUAACAGGAACACACUAACAGGUCAUUAUAUUAACAGGAACACACUAACAGGUCAUUACGUUAACAGGAACACACUAACAGGUCAUUACAUUAACGGGAACACACUAACAGGUCAUUACAUUAACGGGAACACACUAACAGGUCAUUACAUUAACAGGAACACACUAACAGAUCAUUACAUUAACAGGAACACACUAAUGGCACAAGCAAGAGUUGGAAAGAGUCACCAGAGUAAAAUGAAAGCAAUCAAUCCAGAUUUAAGUGACAAGUGGAUUUUACACUCCUCAAACACAGGACAUGGAAAGGUCCUCAGGUGGGCAGAGCAUUCAUGCACAUUGCUGACCAGAGGACUAAUUCCCUUUCUCACAGUGACAUUGGAGGCGAAGACACCAGGCUGCAGACUAACAGAGCCUUAUACUUGGAGGCAGGCUCCACUAUGUGAUUAAAUGUGUUGAUCUCACACUGUCCUUACAGUACUAUAUGCCACACACGUCUACUAGUUGAGACAAUAUGGGAUUGUAUGGUUGUUACCAUGAAGCUGAUUAGUGAGCUACUGUAUCUGUUUAAGUCAUCUUGUAGAAAAGCAUAUGUUACGCCACCCUUGUUAGAGAUUGCUCGGAUUCCAUAUUGAAGGGAUAAGCCAUCACUUCUAGCAGACUGAGACUUCCUGCUUGGUGGCAGUGGAUUGUUCUGUUGUGACAUGGUGGUGCAGUGUUUUGACAGAUCUCUCAUUGUGUGAGACUUACACCCUGUGGCUGUGCCCCCAAUCCCUUCCCUAUGUGGAGGCCAGGCUGCUUAAUCUAUUUGGGACUGCCCCUGUGUUACACCAUGAAUUUAACAGGACUAGGGGCGACUAGGGUAUUCCAAUGUGCUUACUUUCCCCCUCUAUUUCCCUCACUUACUCUGAUGUACCCUUUCCAUCCCAUUCCCCUCUCUCUCCAUCUUGUCUCGUGCUUUCAUUCUCUCUUUUUGCUUUUGUAUCUCCCCUCCUACACUCUUGGUUUCUCUCUCGGUGUCUGUCUUGGUGUCUCCCUUGGUUUCUCUCUCGGUGUCUGUCUUGGUUUCUCUCUCGGUGUCUGUCUUGGUGUCUCUCUUGGUGUCUCUCUCGGUGUCACCCUUGGUUUCACUCUUGGUGUCUCUCUCGUGUCUCUCUUGGUGUCUCUCUCGGUUUCACCCUUGGUGUCUUUCUCGGUGUCUCUCUCGGUGUCUCUCUCUGUGUCU